AAAGGAAAUAAAAAAACUAUAAAUAUGAGCGUAUACUUCUCCACCUCUAAACAAGUUAUUCAGAGUUUAAACUCUUUCUGUUCUCUUUAAACCGUCUCUGUUCUCACUUCUCAUCCCUAAAUAAAUAACGAAUCCAGUUUCAAAGUCAUCAAUCUUUCUUACAACAACAAAUCAUGGUGUGGUUUGGAUACUGCGACGACGAACCCGACUCCUUCAUCUCCUUCGACCCAGUCUUCACCAACACUCAACACAACCUCAACAACAACCCUAACCUUGUCUUUGAUUUCGUAUUGGUUUACAGGAAAGCCCCCAGACGCUCAGAUUCAGAUUCAGACGAUGAUCUUGAAGACUUCUGCAAUUUAGAAACCCGAAUCGUUCGUCAAACCCACGAGUUCGAUAGAGAGUGGCUCAUCGGUGGCGAUAGGGAGCAGAUAGAAGCCAACGUCUUUCAUAUUCUUGAGAUUAUCCAAGUCCCUUCUUUCUCUGACAUCGUUCAUACGCUAACUAUUGAUAUCUUGGAUUUAAAGAAACACGUGUCCGUGUCUGAUUCGCCGGAGAUUGAGAGGAUACGGGUCGAGAUUGAUACUAUCGUCCCGAGUUUUCCCGAUGAUAACGACGAUUUUGAUCUUGACCUCGAUUGAGAAAUAUAUGGAGACGGUGGUUGUUGGGUACGACCAAGGCUGUGUUGUUAUCUCGGUUGUGAUUAGGUUUUGUUUUACUGUUUAAAAGUUAUGUAAUUGAAUAUUCAAU